AUGCAGCGAUGGCAAUCACAAAUCCAAGAAUGUAAUGUUGCAAAUAAAACGCAGGAAGAUGCUGAAUCAAUUUUAAAUAAUCAUGAAUUAGCUAACUGUUUUAUAAAACUUGGAGUUGUCACAUUUGAAUUACAACAGUUAGAUAAAUCAUUAGAGUAUUACAACACAGCACUUGAUUUACAGGAGAAACUUGGCAUAAAUCAAAAUUUUAGUUUUGUGUAUCAAGCACUGAGUCAGGUUUAUUUGUGGAAAGAAGAGUACAAUUUACCAUUACAAUAUUCACGUAAAUCCCUCGCAGUUUUACCAGUUGAUCAUCGUUCAAGGUCGACAUCGUUUGAAGUAAUUGAUGAUGUUUAUCGAGACAAGAAACACUUGAUUCGAGCAUUACAUUACCGUCAAAAAUCAAUAGAUACGCGAGUAUGUCUGUUAGAAGACAAUCAUUCACAAAUAGGCAUAGCAUAUAAUAAUAAAGAACUUAUUUAUGAAGAAAAGCAAAAAUUAUCACGUAGCAAUGAAAUACUAUGA